UCAGGAACGGAGUGAUCGGGCAGCUCAGAGCCGAUCCGGGGAAGUGGACGGAGCCGACCGCUGAGAUGGCUCAGGCGAAUAUCUCGGUGACGGAGAGCCAGUUCAGGUGUCCCAUCUGCCUGGACAUCUUGAAGGACCCGGUGUCUAUCCCCUGUGGACACACCUACUGCAUGGCAUGCAUCAACAGCUACUGGGACCGGGUGGACUCGGGUCAGUUCAGCUGCCCUCAGUGCCGGGACACGUUCAGCCCUCGGCCGGUGCUGCGGAGGAACACUGUGCUCGCCGAGGUUCUCGGCAAACUCAAGCUGAAUGAGAUUGACACAGCGCCGGAGGUCUACCUGGGGGGAGUCGGGGAAGUUCCCUGCGACUUCUGCACGGCGGAGAGUAAACUGAGGGCGGACAAGUCGUGCCUGGUGUGCCUGGCGUCUUUCUGCAAGCUUCACGUCCUGCCGCACCGUGAGGUCGGUACUUUGCGACGCCACAAGUUGGUGCCAGCGGUAGAAUGUGUGGCGGAGAAGCUGUGCGCUCAGCACCGCCUGGGGCUGGAGCCCGAGGGGAGCGGCUCCGAGGCAGGGGCUGCGGUGGAGUGGAGCGGGUACUGCCUGCUGUGCCAGGCCGACCAGGAGGAAGCGCCCAGUGUGGAAGCGCAGAGAGCUAGGAGACAGCUCCAGCUCCAGGAGUCUCAGAGGAUGGUCCAGGGGAGGAUACGGACCGGAGAGAGAGAGCUGCAGGAGUUUCAACAAAACUUGGAGUCUCUCAAGGUGUCGGCGUCUGCUGUUCUGGAGGAUGGUGAGGCUCUGUUUGCUGAUAUGGCACUAUGCCUGGAGAAAACCAAGGCGGAGGCCCGAGCGAGGCUGGAAGCGAAAGAGCGCGCAAUCGUGGCGAGAGCUGAAAGUGACAUAGAGCUGAUGGAGAAGGACCUGGAGGAGCUGAGGAGGCGAGACGAGGAGAUCAGCCAGCUGCUGCAGUCUGAGGAUAAUGCUCAUUUCUUACAGGCCACCCAGCUGCUCUGCAUGCCUUUCGCCACUGGUCGGCACUCCGGCACCCUCAGCCUGCCCACGGAGGCCUUCAGUGGUGCCAGGAGAGCACUGGGCCACCUCCGUAGCCACAUAGAGGAGGUCUGCAGGGAGGAGGUCUACAAGAUCACCCCCGCAGUUAAUGAUAACUACAAAUCUGGUGGAGAGCAUGUAAAAAGUGGUCGAAUUCACAGUGCGGUGAACUCCAAACCUCAGCAAGUGCAACUGUCUACAGGGCAACAUGCAACCAGGGCAGCACCAGUGUCGUUCCCGCUGUCGUCUCUGUCUCUGCAGGCGCCUGAUCAGAGGAUGAGGGCAGCUUUCCUCAGGUUUUCGUGCCAUCUGACCUUUGACCCCGAGACAGCUCAUCCUACCUUGGUUCUCCUGGAGGGGCCCCAGGGUGCUCAUUGUGGCGAGGAGCCACAGCCCUACCAGCCUCAUCCACAGCGCUUUGACUCAGUGGCGCAAGUCCUGUGCAGGGAGGGCCAGUUUGGUGGUGCCAGCUACUGGGAGGUUGAGUGGAGAGGAGGUGGGUGGAUUGACAUAGGCGUCACCUACCGUGGGAUCGGGCGCAAAGGUGGCGGGAAGCCCUGCCUGCUUGGGCGCAACGAGCACUCUUGGCGGCUGAGGUGUAGUCAUGCUGGAUAUGCUGCAUGGCACGAUAACCGCAAGACCACGGUCGCUGCACCGCCCUCCCCCAGGAUCGGCGUGUUUCUGGAGCGCCAGAAAGGAGCUUUGUCCUUUUACAGCAUCUCGGACUCCAUGGUGCUCCUGCACACUUUCCAUUAUUCGUUCUCUCAGCCGCUAUACCCCGCCUUCCGUUUGGAUCUGGACUCAACUCUUGUCAUCUGCCCUCAUGAGGGAAGCUAACUAUGCCCCCAUGUUUUUCCAGGACGUCUCAUUUAUCUUCUGGAGGAAAGGGCUGUUCGCUCUGCCAAUCGAUAUGAGUGAGUGGUGAGGAAAUGGCACUUUUCUGUGUAAUUCUCUUUGACUGUAAUAUUCUCUUUGAUAACUGCCGGGUUGAGUGGCAGAAUUGCAUAAUUUUUUUAACAGCAUGCAUGUUUUUUACAGUGUACUUUAUUACAUAAAAGCCCAUGUGUCAUCAUUUAAACCAGAUACACACAGGUUAAUAAAUAUACACAUAUACAUAUAUAUAAACUGAUGCUUUCAGCAAAUUGAAAAUAUACCCUCAAGUUGGAUUUUAUGCUAGCUUUAAAAGACUGCAAAAGUUGUGUAGUGCUGAAAAUCACUUGGUUCCCACAGCUAAUUAACUAACUGGUAACAGGCCAUAGACCAGGGGUUCAUCACAUUGUGAAAGACUGUUUGAGCAAAUAUUUAAACAAGAAAACAGUUUCUCAGAAAUGGGAAAGAAUUUCUGGUCCAUAAUAAGCCAUUAUCAUGGGUGAUUUCCACAUCUGUGAAAGCACCAUUAUUGUUGGCUGAUACAUGCAAGUUUGGGGGCAACACAUGCUUUCAAAGCCAGUAUUUUCAGGGAGGUCUGUGCUUAUUUAAAGGUACAGUAAGUGGGUUUUUAAUGUUAUUUAUUAGAAAAAUAGUGUACUCAAAAAUAUACAUAGAUCAGUCAGUAAUUAUGCCACCCAACAAAUUGAUGCAUUCUUAUAAACUUUAAAUGAAUCCAUUAAAAAUACAUAGGAGGAUGCGUGGGUUUGUGGAAGGCACCAUGUUGCCCACCAUCUACAGUACAGUAGCUGAGUUGGACAUCACCGUUCCACCUAAUUGUGUUUCAUGUACAUGACUAUAGACCGGCCAAAUACAUAAUACACCUUACAACUUUGUAUUUUACAGUUCCUUCAAACUAUAUCUGACUAUUUAACAUUUGAACAUGUACAUUUUUAUCAUUUUGUCUUUUUCUUUACCUCUCCUCACUCAUUUCUAGCUUAUCCUGUUCCUUCUUACCUUAACCUCAUCUCCUGAACUGAAGUUAGGGUUCUAAAUUAGAACUUCUAAUGUGCAUAAUCAUGCUAAUUUACGAUAUUGUCACAAUUACUUAUUGUUACCAACAAGCCAGCUAAACAACAACUGCCAUUUACAAGUUAACAUUAGGCCAGCUAAUGUUAGGAAAGUGUUUGUCACUUUCCCUGUGAUAAACACUUUGUUUCAGAGUAUCCCAUUGUAUCAGAGUUUACUUGCUAGGUGUCAAAGUCCAACAUAAUGCCAGCUAACAGCAGCUAACAACGGUAAAAACAGCGGUGCUUAUCAGCAGCUCACUGAGGUUCGCUUCACUGACUUAUCGGCUCGAAUCGUAGUCCUUUCACUAAAUUUUACAGCAUCUACCAGAGCAAACAGCAUAUUGAUAGCUAAAUGUCGAACGGCUGUGGUCAGAGGUGAUUCGUGUGUCAAAAAAAGUACUGCAAAACUGCAAAACACAUAUUCAUUGUUUAAUUCCCGAUUUAUUGCUAAGUGAAAAGUGUUUGUCCACCAGCAGGCACCGUAGCUGGAAUUAUUACACUUGAAUUGAGAUGAUAAGUAAUCAGAGCUCAGUUGACUGCAAUUUACUGACAUCUGGUGGUGAGAUUUUACACACUCUACCUUUAAAUAAGACACUGCCAGACCACAUGAGCACUGUUGAACAUGAGAGAAUAUUUGAUUAUAGAGCAACAGGUCUGGAAAACCGUGAUAAAUAUUCCUCAGUCUUGACUUUGUGUUGCUGGCAUCAAAUUUAAAAGGACUAUUUUUUUUUACAUUUUCUUUUUACUUUUAAUUACAAAAAUUUAUUAGUUUUAACAGGAAUGUUUACUUUUUUAAAAUUUAAUUUAAAUAUGGGGUUAAAAUAACUUUUACAGUGUGCUGACCUUGUUGUAAUAUCAGGUGGUAUUUGUGUUCCAGUAAGACAUGGAUGAGUUACUAUGAGUUAACAUACAAUUAUAAAUAUGCUCAUAUUUUGUAAUCUUUUUGAACAUUUUUUGUGUUUUUGCCUCUGUGACAGAUGUUUACUGGGAAAAAGCCAUAUUCACAGAUUUACUGAGCAAUGGAGUAUAAAAAGAAGAACCAUACACUUCAGCGUGUUUGUAGAAAUCAUUUGACUGGAAACAUGUGCGACAGUGUUUCCCACAGAUUCUAAAUCAGCAACAGAGAAAUAUUCAUUGGUUUCUCCUCCCUUUGUGUUUGAUGUUAUUUUCAUAGGGUUGUACAUUUAUAGGAGUCAAAGGUUAUUUUUUUCCAUUAUCAGUUAUACUAAUGUGACAUGGGAAACCUCUGGGCAUUUUUUCAUUUAAACCUGCAGAAGUGACCUCAGCUUCAGAUAAAUUAAACAUUGUUUUGCAUUAAUCUUAAAUUAAAUGAAGGAAUAGUUUAAUAUGUUAAAAAAAUGCUUACAGAAUUCUGUUGGGAAAAGUUGUAGCACAAUAAAUAUGGACGUACAAUUUCUUAAGGUACUCAACGGGCAGGUUGUCCCACUUCUUGUUUGUUUAGCCUGAGUUCUGUCUUAUCAUCCUUGAAUGAUUCUGUUAUGUUGACAUUAAGACUCUGUGGAAACCAUACUGGCUGUUUAUCUUGCUGCUGGAGACAGCUCUUUAUGACUUUUGUCAAAUAUUUAGGGUCAGUGAUGUGCUCCAGAGGAAAACUGGGACUAAUCAUGAGCCUUUCCUUGUGGUACAGUGCGAUGGAAAACAAUCAAAAGAUCCAAGUGCCUCAAACAUUUGCACAGAACAACACUUGCUAUCAUUGCAGCACUUUGAUUGCUUCUAAGUCUAUGAUUAUAACUUUUAUCUAAGCAACUCAGAUUCUAUCAAAUCACAUACAUGCCGAUCUCAUUCAUUUUUAUUGAUGUAGCGCCAAAUCACAACAACAUUCGGCUCAAGGUACUUUGUACUGUAAGUUAACACCCCACGUUAAUACAGAGAAAACCCAACAAUCAAAUGGUGACAGUGAGAAGGAAAAACUCCCUUUUAACAGGAAGAAAUAUCCAUCAUGCAAACCCUUGAGUUGGUUCGGGGUGAGGGGAGGAUGACGGAACAAAAAGAAAAAACUGUGGAAGAGAGCCAUUCCGUGAAAAAAAAUACUUUGUGAUUUUAAAACUGUGGGGUGACAUAAAGAAGAUCAUGUCUUCCAUCUGAAUGGACACCAUACUAUAGCCACUGCCUUUCUUGACUUGGCAGGGGUGGGGGAACUCCAGGCUUCAAUGGGUGGUGUCCUGUAGGUUUUAGAUGUGUUCUUGAUCCAACAGCUGAUU